CACACACACACACACACAAACACACACACAUUUCCCCCUGAACUCAUCAUGUCACACUUGUUAGUCUUCGCUCAACCUCUGCUGGCCUCGCUGCCACUCUCUGCUGUAAAUCAUCUCUUAUAAUAUUGGUUCAUUUACUGGUUCAUUUACUCGUUUCCCUGGUGAGACCGUUGACUGGCGAGACCGUUGGAGACUCUGGAAAUUUGUACAAUGGAAAAUAGAAAAAACAGACUUUUAUUCAAAGCUGGCCACGGCUGAGGAGAAGAAAACAUCGAAUACUUCGAGUUUAUUGUACAAAAAGGAAUACGAACAAAUUCUGAAUCGCUUGGAUAAACUUAAACGUGUUAACAUUAAAAAGACUCAGAAAGACUAUCUUUGUUACGAAAGUAGGAAAUCCUUGAGGUCACAGUUGAUGAAAGUAUCACCGUUAAGAAAUUGCAGAAAAAGGGACCUCAACUUAGAUUCGUAUGCCUGAAGAUGUGUUCGAUGUGAUCGAUACUAUUCAUCGUGCAAGUGGACAUGGAGGUAAAACUAUUGUCUGUAGGGAAACAAGUGAAAAGUAUGCCAAUUUUUCAAGAUCCCAAAUUGAGUUAUAUUUACAGUUCUGUGAGGAGUGUCAUUUGAAAAAAAAGCACUGUAUGCAAGUCUCUGACUGUGAAGCCAAUUGUAUCCAACAGCAUGAACUCACGAGCUCAGGUCGACUUGAUCGAAAUAAAGAGCCAGCCAGAUAAAAAACAUCGUUUCAUCAGGAUCACUUGAUGAAGAUGCUGUAUCUUCGGGUUCUACAGCCGAAAACUGCUAAAGAGGUUGCUUUCCACCUCGUUGAUAUAUUCUGUGACAAAGGAGCCUCUCAUAUCCUGCAGUCUAACAAUGGAAGAGAAUUCUCAAAUAAGCUUGUCAAGGAAGUUCUGAUGAUGUAGCCAGAGUGCAAAGUGGUUCAUGGCAAGCUGUGACAUUCCCAAUCGCAGGGCUCGGUGGAACGUGCCAACAGGGAUAUUGAAGCAAUUGUCGCAUUUUGAAUGAAGGACAACAACUCCACACAACGGUCACACGGACUGCGCUUUGUCCAGUGGAAGAAAAAUUCCUCUUUCACUCCGGAAUUGGAAGGACAUCAUAUGAGGCCAUGUAUGGACAGAAGGCUCGUCUUGGUGUUGACGCAACUUCUGUACCAGAGGAAGUCCUGGACGGUAUGCUGACGGAGGAACAGCUUGCAGAGGUACUUGGUGUUAUCAAUGAGGUCACAGACACAGAGGAGAAAGAGACAGGUGUUGAAGAGCAAGAUGAACCAUUCGCUGUUAUUAACUGCAUCUCCUUUGAUAAAAGAUAUUUUGGUUCAAAUGUGUGCAAGGUGUGUGAGAGCCCAUGUCACUCUUACACUCCGUGUUCUAUGAUGAAUAACGAUGCUGAUGAGCCUGUGCUUUGUUCCAUCUGCAGUCGGAGUCAGAGUAUUCAUACUGAACAAAUGAAGUCCAACAUAGAACAACAGAAACAAGCCCAAAAAAUGAUCGAUAAUUCUGUGAGGAGAUUUCAACCAGCCAAAGUAGGGGACACUGUGAUGGUUCCUGUUCCAUUAGCUGACCGCGGACGUGCAGUUUCCUAAUGUGAAGACAGUUGUUUUUCAGGCAUUGGACAAUGGCACAUAUAAGUUUGGUACAAAACACGGCCUGCUUAAACAGAUGUACACUCGCAACCAAUUUACUCCAUGUCUAGAAAAAUUCCUUUCACUAGAUGAUAUACAGGAUUGGGAAGUAAGCCUGCAGGAAGAAGCCAUUGCAGAAUCCAUGAGACAAGGUCAGGGAUGCGCUAAAUGCUCUUGCACUAAGUCAUGUAUGGCCAGAUGCUGCAAGUGUUUAAAAAACAGCAGAUGCAAAUGCAGUGCCUCUUGCUCUAACAAGGUCGACACACAAAUACAUUUAACUUUGAUGUACUGUAUUUUGUAAUCUAUUUUCUUUAAUGUAUUGUACAUACACUUUUGUUUAUCAUUUACUUUCUUUCAACUAGCUACUUGCUAAAAGGUUUUGCUAUAUUUGAAAGUUGUAUUUUCUGAAAAUAAAUAAAAUGAGUUAUG